CUUUAAUUAAUAAUUGGCCAUAUGAUGCUUUUCUACACUAAAUACUGAUUUUAAAAUAAAUAAAAAAAUAUUUUAUUGCUAAUUCUCAAUGUUUUUGUUUAAGUUAUGUAUUUUUGGGCUUUAAGUAUUUUUUUUGACAGCGUAUAUACAUCCGCAAUUAUUUGGCAGGGUCAGGUUGAUUCCAAAAUGGUGGCCGUUUGUUGUGCUUUCAAGUGAAUUGUGAAAAAUAUAUGGGCUAAAUGCGAUAUCUUGAUUGAAUUACCAUAACCUUCCUAUUGGAUUGGAAAUAUGGACGAAAAAGAGAGUGUGGUGGAGAAACCAGAAGCGGAGGUCUCUCGGGGCUCCGGGGACGAUCCUGGGGGUGACACGGCCGAGGUAGCCGACCCGCCGGCUGAUAUAGUCGACCCACCGGCUGACAUAGUCGACCCACCGGCUGUUAAAGUCGACCAGCCCGCCGAUGUAGUCGAACCACCGGCCGACGUAGUAGAUGCCCCGACCGAAGAAAGUGAUGUGAAAACCGACUGUGAUAUAGACAGUGAACUGAAGGACAGUGCGUUACAGAACCAUAUCGAGGACAAUGCUAGUGCUGAUGACAAUGUUAGUGUAAAAAGUGAUGUGGAUUGCUAAAAAAGACGAUGCGGAAUCUAUGGAUGUAGAUAGUCAGGAUGGAAACAAGGAGAGUGUUACAGAAGACAAAGAGAAACCACCAUCAGAACAAAAUACAGAAGACAAAUUAAAAGAGGAGUUUACCAGUCAAGAUACCACAAGCCAUGAAUCGACAAGUCAAGACAUUGCCUCACAGGAAAGUGAAAAGACAACUUCCGAACAGGAUGAGGUUGGAAAGCCAGAGUUUGAGAAUGCACCAAAUGUAUCAAUGGAUGAGUCACAGGAAGAUCACACACAGGCCUUGGAUCCAUUUGAUGCAUUGUUAAAAGAUACAACCACCGACGACAAUCAUCAAGAGCCAGAGACGUCAAAAACUCAAAACGCUGCUACAGCAACUGAUGAUGACGAUGAUGAUCAUGCUGAUGCAGACAUCAAUCGUGAAGAUGAUGAGGAACAUGCAGAUGGAGCUGAACCAGUCGCAGUUGAUGAUCACGACGAGCUGCACGAAGUGCCUGGAGCUGAUGAGGAAGUGUGCCUGCUUCCGGACACCGAAAGGGAAAUCUCCGAAGCAGAUAAAGCGGAAGCGGAAAAAGUACUUGCGGAGAAGAGGAAACAGGCCGAAGCCGAAGCGGCCGAGGCGGCGAUACCUAAAACGGAAGAGGAAACAUUAGACACAGACGGACAUGCGGAGGAACACUCGGCGGAAGGCGGAGAGCACAUGGACGGCGAUGGGAACACUGAGGAGACGGAAACCACGCAGGAGAACGGAGCUGACAAGGAGUAUGAACACGAAGGCGGUGAGGCUGAAGAUCAAGCAGAACAUACAUCAGUAUUCAAUGUGAUACAGGACCCAAAUCCCACGGAAGGGAAGUGCCUACAAUGCAAUCGAAAAAUAUUAUGCUUAUACAAAUAUACGAAAGAUGGAGAAACAUUUUACCUAUGCAGUGAAGCAUGCCUAACUGCCUUCCAAUUAGACAACCCUGGUCAGUUUGUUGUCACACACAAAAAGUACAUGGUAGAAGAAAUUCUACCCAAACAACUGGUAUGUUCUGAGUGUGAAGAACGGAAAAUGUGUUAUUUCUAUUACAAUUAUGACGGCGAGGACACGAAUUACUGUUCUUUAGCUUGCUUACACAGUAUGAUGGCGGACGAAAAGGACAACUACACUUACAAACGGCGAAGAAUCACAAUAGACGAGAUACAGAAUAAUCAUAUGGUGGAAUGUUUGGUGUGUAACCAGGUGAAGAAUUGUGCCUACAUGAUGAGGAGGUACGGGGAGACGCAUUAUGUAUGCGAGAAUAGUUGCAUAAAGACAUUGAACUUGAAGGAGAAUGGAAGGUAUCUUAUUAAGAAGUUAAGGAUGCCUAGAAAACAGCCGGCUAAGGUGCAAACGAAUCCGCCUUUACUGAAACUAAAAGUGAUAAGCAAUGCAACUGACAAGUAUUUGGACGAGGCUUACAAGAUCCAGGCGAAAACACCCGCCAUGGUGCAAGCAGCGAGGGAAGAGAGAGAGCGGACGUUCAUGCGCAGAUGUAGUUAUUGCUCGCUGUUGGUUAACAUCGAUGAGAAGCUGCUGAACUGGGAGACCAUGGACUUUUGCGACGAGGUGUGUCUGGGACGGUAUCAGAACAAAAUCGGUUCUCGAUGCGCCAACUGUAAGAACCACGUUCAGCAUACCAGUUUAGGGAAGUAUUGCGUGCGAUUCGGCUAUGAUAUACGGCAAUUCUGUAAUUCGGGAUGUUUGGAGGAGUUUAAGAAGGGAUUGAAGAUAUGUUGUUAUUGUCAGAGGGAUAUUUCUGUCGGACAUCAAGGAUUCCUAGCGCCUGUUGGGGACAAGGGCCAGUUUAAAGACUUUUGCUCGCAGACGUGUAUGGAGAAAUUCGACCAGAUGAACAAGAAUCAGAAUCAGCCGUCGGUAUGGGCGAAGUGUGCGGUGUGCUCGCUGGAGAAGGCAACUAGUAUAGAGGUGGAAGUAAAUGAGGAUACUAUGCAGAGAUUGUGUUCGGAUCCGUGUUUUGCUGCUUUUAAGUUCGUCAAUAAUAUAUUCCCAGACCAAUGCCGCUGGUGCAAAAAGUACUUCGAACGCAAACAAUCGAAAUGCUUCACGAUAUACGAGGACAACAACGCGCAGUGUUUCUGUUCGAAGGCGUGUCUGAACGUGUACAUCAGCAACACGCGUCACAUAGUGCCGUGCAACUGGUGCAAGGUGAAGAAGUACAACUUCGACAUGAUACGGCGCGUGCAGACCAACGGGCAGGCGGUCAUGAUGUGCUCGCUUAAUUGCCUGAACUUGUAUCAGGUUUCGGUUAACGCCGUGUCUUCUAGGAGAACGAAGUGCGACAUGUGCAAGAGGACUUCGCUAGCGCAAUACCACCUGACGAUGUCUGAUGCAACUGUGAGAAAUUUCUGCACGUACCAGUGCGUCAUGAGUUUCCAGGCCCAAUAUUCGAAACACACGCCGCCUCUCAUCCCUGGGGAAUCGAUGGAACAGCAGAAAGCCGUGCCAACAGGAGCGCCCAGGCGGACGUAUUCCGUCGCUAACAAAAACAAUGCUCAACGUACGGGCGGUAUGCCGGUGAUUUCCAACGUGCAGUCGUUAGCCACCCCACCACCGCUGAUGCCGUCGGUAACGCGCGCCAAGUCCAAACGCCUGGCGCAGCCUCCACCCCCGGAGCCGGAGCCCCCCGCAGCGCCGAAGACUCCGCCGCCGCCCCCGAAGCCGCCCACACCACCACCGCCACCUCCUCCGAAGAUCUACAACCACGUCAUCGUCAAAACGCUACCCCCACAAGAGGUGGCGAAUAAGGGCACCAUGUCGAAACCCAUGAUGGUGUCGAAAGGCGUGUCCUGCAGACCUCAUCCGUGUACUAAGGAAUGCCAAACGGACCCCAGUUUGGAAAGAAGAGUAUUAAUUCCUGUACCGGUGCCAAUUUACGUGCCAGUGCCAUGUGUGAUGUGGUCGUUGCCAUUCCCAGUGCCAGUUCCGAUUCCAAUUCCGAUUCCGACGCCCGUGUUCAUACCGACGACGAGGAAUUCGGCCAAAGGUAUCAUGAAGGAGAUAAAUAAAAUUCACGAUAAAAUGCCGACUGAUCCAUUCGAGGCCGAGUUGUUGAUGAUGGCUGAGAUGGUUGCGGGGGAUAAGAAGAAGGACCAGAGCGAUUCAGAGACUGAUGACGAUAAUGGUCCAGAGGAGGGCUUCAGUCCAGUCGGCGCGAUAGAUGGCAACAACGCGUUCGGCGAAGAUAUGCUGCAGAUGGCGCUCAAGAUGGCCACGGAGUACGAGGACCAGCCAGUCGACCUGGAGUCGGCCAUGACUGCCAACACCAUCACACCUAGUUCUCAUCCUGGUAUGCCUGGAUUAGAGGGCGAGAGCAUGCACCACCACCACAUGAUGGUGCUGGAGCAGCAGCGCGCAGUAGCAGCGUUACGAGCAGGCGCGGGGGCGGUGGGCGCGGUGGGCGCGGCGCCCGCGCGCAAGCGGCCCGCGCCGCCCGCCGCCGCGCCCGCGCGCGCCCUGCGCUCCAAGCGGCGCCGCGCCGACCCGCCGCCGCCGCAGCCGGACCCGCCGCGCGAGCCCGCUGAGAAACCGGACGCCAACAUGUGCCUCAAGUACACAUUCGGCGUGAAUGCGUGGAAACAAUGGGUGAUGACUAAAAAUGCGGAGAUAGAGAAGAGUUCGAUACGACGGAAACCGUUCAAGUCGGAGAUAUUGCAGCUGACCGCAGACGAGUUGAACUACUCUCUGUGUUUGUUCGUAAAGGAGGUGCGAAAGCCGAACGGCAGCGAGUACGCGCCGGACACUAUUUAUUAUUUGGUUUUAGGUAUACAACAAUAUUUGUUUGAAAAUGGUAGGAUAGACAACAUAUUUACGGAUCCGUAUUAUGAAAAAUUCACAGACUGUUUGGACGAAGUUGCGAGGAAGUUUUCAGUUUUAUAUAAUGAUUCACAGUAUAUCGUGACGCGCGUGGAGGAAGAGCACUUGUGGGAGAGCAAGCAGCUCGGCGCACACUCGCCGCACGUGUUGCUCUCCACACUCAUGUUCUUCAACACCAAACAUUUUAAUUUAGUCACAGUUGAAGAGCAUAUGCAGCUAUCCUUUUCGCACAUAAUGAAACAUUGGAAACGGAAUCCGAACCAGCCCGGACAGGCGAAGAUACCGGGUUCGAGGAAUGUUUUAUUGCGAUUCUAUCCGCCACAAUCUGCAUUAGAAGCUAAUUCAAGAAAGAAAAAAGUAUAUGAACAACAAGAAAAUGAAGAGAAUCCUCUACGUUGUCCUGUUAAAUUAUAUGAAUUCUACAUUUCGAAAUGCCCGGAGUCGGUGCGCACGCGCAACGACGUGUUCUAUCUGCAGCCUGAGAGGUCCUGCGUGCCAGACUCACCGGUGUGGUACUCCACGCAGCCGCUCAGCAGAAAUGCGCUCGCCAAGAUGCUGCACCGAGUCAAGAUGGUCAAGGAGAUCAACAUUGCGCUACUUACUAGCUAAGAUUACAUGGCAGUCUACGUUUGGCUAGAGAUAAUGUGCAUCGACAUGAAAUCUAGAACUCUCUUUCAGCCGACCACUGCUGGGCCACUGUGGCGCGCGGGCACACCACACGGGCGUUGUGGUUCUUGUGGCUCACGGUGACAUUGUAUAUUUUUUCUACAUGUAUAUCAGUCUACGUAACGGACGAUCGAACAUUAUUUUAUAAUGAUAAAUACUUUAUCAUAGUUUACGUUUUUUUAUAAUGUUGCAAUGUUUUAGAAUGUAAGAUUUCUGUGCGGGACUGUUUAUUCUAUGUACAGUUAAUGGUACUAGUUUAAAUAUAUAAAUAUCACAUUUUUCGUUUUAUCUAAUUUAUCAUUUUACGUCCAGUUAUUGAUGAAAUGAGUCAGUUUCGUCACAAAUUCGAAGGUCUAAUGUUUCCUUAUGGUGGAUGUCAAUAUUUUAUUUUGGUUAAUUUCAAAUUGUAAAUACGCAAAGCGGCAUCAAUCAUGAUUUUAAUGACGAAUACAAUAAAUAUAUUGGCAAGAUAGAUAACGCUUUCUGCAGUGCCAGGGGAUGGAGGAAAUGUUUAUCGUGUUGCCCAUGUGUAAUAAUGGAAUAAAUAAUAGUUUAGUAGAUCGUAAGUUGAAAAAUUCCAACAUUUGUUUUUAGUGGAAACGCACUCUUAUGUUACAGUAGCGUACAUUUUAUAAAAAGGAAAAUGAAUAUAAUAUUCUCACAAAUAGAUUUUUAUUGAAAUAAUAAUUAUAACUUAGUGAAAGAGUCAGAUUCGUAUUAUAUUUUAAGAAUAAAUACAUCAGCUGUAAGGUUCUAGAAUUACUGCUGUGUAAAAAAGAAUACUGAUUCUCGAAA